AUGGCCUCCACUGUUAAGAGAUCAAAGACUGACGUUCUCAUCAUCGGCGCUGGACCUUCGGGUCUUAUGGCUGCGCUCUGGUUAGCCAGAACUGGUGUAAACUUUAGGAUAAUCGACAAGAGAAACAAUGAUAUAUUCCACGGCCAGGCUGAUGGGCUCCAACAGGAACAACUCUCCAUUUUGCAACUGUUUCUGCAUCCAUUGUCCAAUGUACAAGGCUUGGAAACUAUCUGGAAGAAAUCCAACCAUAUGGUGGAGAUGGCAUUCUGGCUGCCUGACACAAAGGGUGAUAUCUGUCGCCAAUCCGUGAUCCCCGAUCUGAUACCGGGGUUAGCCAGAUUUCAGCAGGUGGUACUUCACCAAGGCUACAUAGAGAAAUAUUUCACCAACUCAAUCUCAGAAUAUUCAGGAGGAAAAGUCGAAGUUGAGAGGCCGCUUCUUCCCGUGCAGAUCACUAUCGAUGAAGAGAAAUUGAAUGACGUCGAGUCGUAUCCUUUGGAAGUUUUGGUAAAGAAUUUAUCCAAGGACGAAUUGGGCAAAUCCACUGAACAGUACUCGGGAAAAGUAGCUAACGGACUUUAUCGCCAAUUCGAUGGCGACCAAGAUCGAUUUUAUAAGGAAAUUGAGAAUGAAUCCAACCCAGAUGACUAUGAAAUCAUCGAAUGUAAGUACAUUUUGGGCUCGGAUGGUGCUCAUUCAUGGGUAAAGAAACAAAUGGCUAUUCUGAUGGACGGCGAGUCUACGGACUAUGUAUGGGGAGUGGUUGAUAUGGUUCCAAUUACUAAUUUUCCCGAUAUCAGAAAAAGAUGUGCCAUUCACUCCAAGGAUUCUGGAUCGGUGAUGGUGAUUCCUCGAGAAAAGGGUAUGGUGAGAUUAUAUAUCCAGUUGAAGGAAGUGGAGAGAGACGGACAAACCAAGAGCAAUUCGGAAUUUUUAGGAGGGAAGCAGGAUGUUGAAACUUCCAAGAAAGGUCGCAUUGACAGGAGUAAAAUCACCCCAGAACUCAUUUUGAAAAGUGCUCAGGAUAUCAUGAAACCGUACAAAUUGGAUAUGGUCGAUUUGGACUGGUACACGGGAUACCAAAUUGGUCAAAGAGUAGCUCAACAGUUCCAGAAACAUAAUCGAAUAUUCAUUAGUGGAGAUGCUUGUCACACACAUUCUCCAAAGGCAGGACAAGGAAUGAAUGUAUCGAUGGCAGAUACAUACAACCUUGGUUGGAAACUUGCAAUGGUAUGCAAAGGGUUGGCAACCCCAGAGAUUUUGAAAACAUACGAAAGUGAACGAAUUCAGGUGGCCAGGAAUUUGAUAGAGUUCGACCACAAACUCUCCAGAAUGUUCUCAGGCAAACCGAUGAUCCCCACUGAGGGUGUAGAGAAUGUUGAUGGAGUUGACAUGGACGAAUUCCAGCGAGUAUUUGUGGCAGGUCAUACUUUCGCUUCUGGAACUAAUGUUGAUUACCAGAAAUCUAUUUUAGAAAAGAAGCCUGGUGAUGACGAAUACGUUGUCCUGAGUGCUUCCAAGAUGCCAGUUGGUAAAAGAUUCAGAACAACAAAAAUUGUGACACAUGCAGAGGCUAGGCCAAUACACCUUGAGGAUAGAGUAUUGAGUGAUGGAAGAUUUCGGAUCUUGGUCUUCUGUGGAGAUGCUACUACCUCUGAGGUAGGUGUUAAAUUGAGAGCUUUUCAAAAGUUCAUCGAUUCCCCCGACAAUUUCUAUAAAAAGUUCACACCCAAAAACUCUUUUGAGGACUCAGUAUUUGACAUCUUGACCAUCUAUUCUUCUGAUAGAAGUCAACUAGAAGUGUCUGACUUCCCUCAAUUCGCUCAGCCCGUGGAUUUCAAGGGCCGUCGUGAUUACUGGAAAUUGUAUGCUGGCAUCGAAGACACGUACCACGAAGGACGCAUUGACGCCUACUCACAUUUCGGGGUUGAUGAGGAUCGUGGAGCUAUCGUGAUUUUGCGUCCAGAUGGAUAUGUAUCUGCUGUAGAGGAGUUUGAUACGAAAUCAUUUGAGAAUAUAAAUGCGUUCUUCAAUGGAUUCAUGAUCGAGCCGAAGAGUAUCAAUGUCAAGUCCGUCGACGUCGACGAUACAGACAGAUUUUUGCGACCAAUCCUCGGUCAAUAA